GACGAGAUGAAGAUUCAGGAGAACCUAGAGAUGACCUCUGUAGGUGGCAAACACAAGCUUGUAGGCUUCGUUGACCUUGGAAAGGGUCAUGAACUGAUGGGGAGUCUGUCAGGUCAAGGCAAUGAUCUAGAACUAGCAACACAUGUGCUACAAUUUGUCUUUCUGAGUGAUGGUGGUUUCAGGUUCCCAAUAGCUCAAUGGCCGUCUGCGAAAUGUGCUCCAAGUGACCUGUAUCAUCUGUUCUGGGAGGGAGUCCUGAAGAUGUUAGAAAUUGGAUUUAAAAUAUACUGGUGUGUGAUGGAUGGUGCAGAUUGUAAUAGGCAGUUCAUUAAACUGCGUUUCAAGAAUAAGGACCCUGCUGAAAGCAAGUUUGUCACAACCAACAUUUAUACUGGGGGUCCAAUGAUAUUUAUAAUGGAUCCAAAGGUAAACAUGUUUUUCUGCUCAUUAACAUAUUAUUACCCCUUACAUUGUGGAUUACACGAGCAUUGAAGAGUAUAAUAAAAUUGAGGGUCUGGAAUGGAAACAUUGUUUCGCGCUUGUUCCAGGUUUUUUUGACUGCAUGCUCUAUGAGAAUUUUUUGGGAUGAAUUUAGUCAAAAACUUAC